AUGCAGGAUAUAAUAAUGGUUCAAAAUUGGCCCAUAAGUUGCAUUUCCAUUGCUGGUAGAAUUGUCGGAGAGUACUAUAAUGAGGAAAAGGAUAUUGUGAAAUUGCAUAUUGAUGAUUCCUCGGGCGCAGAUCUGGUUGUUAUUGUGGAAAUGACUGUUGGGAUCUUUUUGCAUAGUAGAUUGGCUAUGGAUAUGUGUAAUUACGGCAAAUUUGUUGAAGCCAAUGCACAUUUUAGGAGGGGGAAGACAACUGUUGACAAUUUGCAGAUAUUGUGCCAUCUGGAGCAAGCAUUAGGUCCGGAUAUUGUAUCAUGGUUGAAAAGAAUCGAGUAUAGAGAGUCGGUGCUUAAAAAACCGUGGUUUUUCCAGCCAGAGAAUAAAAACAAGAAUACGUCUGGCCCUGUUGUUUGUAGAUUCAGCCAGAGAGAACUAACGAAAAGAGAAGAGAGGAAAAAAUUGCAGUUUGGAUUGCAGAGCUCAAUAGGAGCAGGGGAAGAAGAAGAAGAAAAAGAAGAAGAAGACAAAGACAAAGAAAUACCUGAAUGUGUUUUAGAGGAUAGUCUUGUUGUGAAUAAAACUAAAUAUUGCGAUGCUGGCAUUGCAAGUGAAAUAAUUGAUGAUAGACCCGUUGUCAAUCUACCGAAAGAACUGGUUGAUGUUGAAGAAACAUUGAGUUUUGAGCUUGCAGAAUCUGUCUUUAAAAGAAAGCCACACCGGGAAGUUACAACUAAAGAAAAAGUACCAGUUUCUUUUGAGACUGAAGCUAGAGUCGUUGAUCUUUUCAAAAAUCCCACCUCAAAGUCAAAUUUGAAAGCCAAGUCCUUAGUCAAAUCUCUAGCCAAGCAUUCAGUUGUUCAAGUUCUCUCUUCUCAAAGCAUUGAAGAAACAGAAUCAUUAAAACAUUUUGAUGAGAUAACUGCACAAAACAAAUCGAGGUUUGUUCAAUUGGUAAAAGAAUGUUUAGUUGUUAUUAUCAAACAUAAAUUUCAAACCAUCACUUUAAAAGAGUUGAGUCUAAACCGGUAUGUUUCUUCGCAAAUCAAAGCUUUUGCACAUAGUAUUUACCAAUCAGGGAUGUCUAAGAUGGGACCUCUGGAUCUCCAGUAUCAAAUACUACGCCGACUACGACUAUAUUUUCGGAAUUCAAGUUUAGUUGUAGUUGUUGUUGAUGAUGAUAAAGAAAAAGAAGAUAAAAUAGAAUCUACCGCAUUCAAGCUAAUUUACGAUAGUUUAUGUAAAGCACUUAAGAAUUUCACAACUUUUGAUACCAUGAAAUACAUUGCAUAUGUCAAGCAUAAGAGAAUUGUUGACGAUAUAGAUUACAAAUUGGUCAAUUUCUUAAUCAAGUAUCGUCUUUUGGAAACUGAUGAUAAGAGCUGGAAAUAUCAAAAGGCCACCAAUUCAUGGUAUAAGGUCUAG